AAGGGGGGACGGGUGAGAGAGCAGAGCAGAGCCAGGUCCUGUCUUGGCUGGGCCUUGGAUGAGUGUUUGGACUCUUUGACUUCCCUUGCUCCAAAGCCUUCUCCCACUCUCAGGGAGGUGCAGGCAAUGAGUCCUGACUUGCUCAGAGUUUGUCCUUCUCGUCCUGCCCCUGUGCGUCUCCUUCUUAAGGCUGGAUCAGAAAAGCCAGGGCUCCAUAGGAAAACAACUACCCCUUUCUGCUGGAAUUGGAGGAGAUGGUACAGCUUGUCCUUUGCUUUCCCAUGGGAAAUUCCCACCACUUUUGGUACCAGUCAGGUCCUUUGUCUAUAAAGCACUAACCAAAGUCAGUCUGAUGAAGGAAAAUCGAUUUCAACCUUCAGCAUCCAAGUUUCUUCCCUCGACAUUCCAGAAAGGGCUGAAAUCAGCAAUGAAACCCCUUUCAAAGUGAAUUCAUCCUGCUUGCUUGGUUGGUUGGUUUUAAAUUCCCUUGUUUGUCUUCCCUCUUUCCUUUGCCCUCUCCUUUGCCAUCUCCAGGUUGUGCUCCAGGGAGGAGGAUGCUCUGUGGUUCCCCCAUCCACUGCUCUCUGCUGGCUUUUGUCAUUUCCACUUUAGUUUUCCAAGUUCCUCAGGGGCACUCAGCUCCACUCACCGUCACUGCACCCCCCGGCCCCAUCACCGUGGCCAAGGGCGAGGACGUGGUGCUGCCCUGCAGCUUCUCCCCGGGGCAGAAUGCACAGGACACGGAGGUGACCUGGUUUCGAGAGCAGUUCUUGCCCUUUGUGCAUCGCUACAAGUUGGGCCAGGACCAGUUUGGGGAGCAGAUGGUUCAGUACCAAGGGCGCACUGAGCUGGGGAAGGACGGCCUUGCCAAGGGC